AUGGUUAUGUAUGCCGGGAAACUGGUCCUAGCGCCAAUGGUAAGAGCUGGCGAACUACCCACGAGAUUGAUGGCGCUUUCUCACGGCGCAGAUCUGGUCUGGUCGCCAGAAAUCAUCGACAAAAAACUAAUCCAGUGCAUUAGGAAAGAAAAUACGGCACUGCAAACAGUUGACUACGUCGUACCAUCAAAGGUUCAAGCAAGACCAGAAACGCUUGUCUUCAGAACAUACCCGAAACUGGAAUCGUCCAAGUUAAUCUUCCAGAUCGGGUCAGCGUCUCCGGACCUGGCCACACAGGCUGCUUUGAAAGUAAUCAACGACGUCAACGGCAUAGACAUCAACGCAGGUUGCCCUAAACACUUCUCUGUACACUCAGGCAUGGGUUCAGCUCUCUUGCGCACCCCUGACACACUGUGUCUCAUCUUGAAAGAACUGGUUAAGAACGUGGGUAACCCUCACAGCAAACCUAUCAGCGUGAAAAUAAGGCUCCUGGACACUAAAGAAGACACUUUGCAACUCGUCACACGUCUGUGUGCCACGGGAAUCACCAAUUUGACAGUGCACUGCAGGAAAACAGAAAUGAGAAACAGAGAACAACCCAUCACGGAUUACAUUGCAGAGAUCUACGAAAUAUGUCGGGCAAAUAAAGUGUCAUUGAUAGUGAACGGCGCUAUCCGCAACCGUUCUCAUUUUCACGACUUGCAAACCAACCAUUGGAAAAACACCCACAUUGGUGGAAUGAUCGCAGAAUGUGCUGAACGGGACCCUACCGUUUUUGAUUGCACCACCAAUCUGUCAGAGGAUGGGCUACCUUGGGUCACCACUUGCCGCGAGUUCGUUCAGUGGGCGACCAAAUUCGAUAAUCACGUCGGUAAUACAAAAUACAUGCUGACAAGGAUUGUCCCCGGAAAAUCAAAGUUCUUUCAGUAUUUUGCCCAUUGCAAAAGCUCGGAAGAAAUUAACUUCGUACUGACGCAAUUAAACAAAGAUGGCAGCGCCCAGACAGAUCCUUCAGAGUACUUGCAAAACUGUAGGGCACAAGAAAAAGCUCUGAAGAAUGCCAACACCAAUACCAAACAAAAAAGGAAACAGACCGAUCAUACGGGCUGUGACGCUAAAAAGCAAAAAGUAUUGCCUCCUCCUGCAGAUGUAUAA